AUGGUUGCUCCCCCCUCCCGUCCCUUCCACUGGCCGGGUGGCAUUCCCCCCGCGAUCCAGCUAGAUGCCAACGGCGACAUCACCCCCGAACAGGCCAGUGAGGAGGCCAAAGGGUGGUUACUCUUUGUGGAGUGGGUCCCCCGUGCAAUCGCCAACAUCCCUGACGAAGAUGGAGAUUACGAGGUUCGCCAACGACGAGCACUAGUGGAGACAUGGGCAAAAGCCAGCCAAGAGUUCCGUGAUCGAGCCCCAUUGAGGAACGCACUGGACUACCCUAAAGAGAUCCUGGAGAAUGCCCACCAUUACUACGACUCUCCCAGUUUCAUGUGCCUACCACCGCUGGGCCCGUCCUACCGAUUUAACCGGUCCAAAUGGAUCAAGCUAUACAUUCUCUCUUGCCGGUUGGACGGUGAAAUGGGGCAUUGCCUUGACCGCUACGGGUCUGAUCACGGUGGCAUUGAUUCCAACCCUGCGACAUUUCCCGACCCCUCCACAGUCCAGAUCACUGACGUGCUGCCAAGGGCCAUCCUCUAA